AUGAAAGUUGUGAAUGCAAUGGAGGCAAAGAACACUGCAAGACCUGCAAGUGAAGAGACUCCAAUAUUGAUGAUGAGCAGAACAAUAGCAACAGCAAGCGAGAUUGGGAACUCAAAUAUGAUUGGGAAGAAUCCAAUUGCAAGAUCGACCCUGGUCAAAUCGGUUCCCAUGAUGGAGUUGAUUCUUCCUACUGGGAAUUCGUGUCUGCCUCUGGCGUCGAGCUUGAAGCUCUUCUCAAGAAGCAGCUUGGUUAGCACGGCUUUAACCUUCGAUCCCACCAUCACACCGUUGUAA